AUGACCACGUGGCUUGGUGAUGCAUACACGCAGGUGUGCCACGUCACUGCUGACUGGCCCGAGGAGAAUGUGCUGGGACACGUGGCACAGUUCGAGGAGCAGAUGGAGAUGGAGAUGAUGAAUCCUGCAGCGAUAGCAGCAGAAGGUGGCACGUCAGCUGCCACGUCAGCAGCAGAUAAAGCAGCAACAGACAAAGCAGCAACGGACAAAGCAGCAGCAGACAAAGCCGCAGCAGACAAAGCCGCAGUAGCACAAGCAACAGCAAGACCAAAAGACAAAGCAGCACCAGCAGCAGCAGCAGCAGCAGCAGCAGCAGCAGCAGCAGCAGCAGCAGCAGCAGCAGCAGCAGCAGCAGCAGCAGCACAGGCAACACUACCACCACCAGCAUCACCACCACCACCACCAGCAGCAGCAUCAACCCUCCCUCCUUCCGACAACGAGCACCCAAGCAUCCGCGGACUAGCCAACGGCGCCCAAGUCCCUCUCUGGAUCCCCGAAAUCAUCUUCAGCAAUCUAGAGCUCCUAGACCUUCGUUACCACCAGGGCCUUCACUGCAACACCUCUGCUGCCACCUGCCCCACAUUCUCCCCUUGCGCCUCCUCCCGCCGCCAGGCGUCGCCGAUCUCUGCCUGCUCCUCUGACCCGCCGCUGGUUGACAGGGAGCAUGUUGUGUCCACUCCUCCGCUCAACCACGCCUCUGAUGGUUCUGCAAGCAAUGGUGCUGCUGCUGCUGCGUCCGCCGUGCCGCCCUACCCGUACAAUGUCGCUGCGGUGCAGACUCAAGCGUCGUUCGACGAGGCUGUGGCGGAGCCCUUUGCUGCUCAGGUGUUUCUUUUGGAGAAUGUGUUUCUGAACGACAGGGGUGCUGUGUUCGACGCCACAUACUACUACCGCCACUGGCUCUUCUGCAGGUCCUGUCCUCUCGACACGGGCGUGUACACAGGGGGCACCACCACAGUGUACGUCUUUGACCACCUCGUGUCCCUCGCAUACUGGAACGGGCCCAACUUCUACCACACCAUGCUCGAAGUCAUGCCCUCGCUGCUCUUCCUCCGCCCUUUCCUCCUCAACGCUACUACCAGCACUAUUACCUCCUCCUCUUCCUCCUCCUCGUCCUCCUCCUCCGCUACCGUCUCGCCUAUCCCCGUCGUGGUGCGGCAACUGCAGGAGCUCUACACACACCUCUUUGCGCUCGUCGACGUGCCCGAAUCUUCUCUGAACAUUCACAUCAUCCCAGACGACACUCUUUACUUUGUGAGGAGGCUCUACCUCCCCGCACAGGCGCAGUGCGGCCGGCCGUCUGCUGCUCUCAUCACACAUCUCCGUGACAAAUACCUUGCCCCACAACCUCUUGAAGAUGCACGGUCAAGUGGUGCUGGAAAUGACGGGAUCGGGACCGGGGACGGAACGAGGAGUGGGGUGAAUGGAAGCUUCAGUUUGGUCGGUGAUGGGAGUGCGAGUGGGAGUGGGAACGGAAGCCUGCCUUCGGACUGGAUAGUGGUGGUGGGUCAGAGGGACACGACUCGUCGCAUCGUGGGGCGUUCACAACUGCUGCAGGAGCUGUAUAAUAUCUUCCCCGGGGAUCGCAUUGUG